UUGUUGUUGUUGGUGACACAAUCCACCCGUGCUCACCAAAUCGCUCUCCUCACGCAGGCUAUAUAUAUAUAAAUUUGCUCAAUUUUAGUGCCCCAAAAAGAAGAAAAACAUUAUUUUUCCAUUUGAGCAAUGGCGGACGCAGUUGAGAUGCCUAGAGUAAAGCUCGGAAGCCAAGGACUUGAGGUCUCUAAAUUAGGUUUCGGCUGUAUGGGGCUCACUGGAGUCUAUAAUACUCCUGUUCCUGAGGAGGAAGGGAUUGCAAUAAUCAAGGAGGCUUUUAGUAAAGGAGUCACAUUUUUUGACACAGCAGACGUUUAUGGCAUGGAUCAUGCGAAUGAAUGCUUGGUCGGGAAGGCAUUAAAGCAAUUGCCUCGAGAAAAAAUACAGCUUGCAACAAAGUUCGGUAUUUAUAAGAUCGAACCAACUAAGAUUACAGUGAAAGGAACUCCUGAAUAUGUCCGUUCCUGCUGUGAAGCUAGCUUAAAAUGCCUACAAGUGGACUACAUUGAUCUCUACUAUGUGCACCGCAUAGACACAACAGUGCCCAUUGAGGAAACAAUGGGAGAACUUAAAAUAUUAGUUGAAGAAGGUAAAAUAAAGUAUAUUGGCCUGUCUGAAGCUCACCCGGAGACAAUAAGGAGAGCACAUGCAGUUCAUCCUAUCACUGCUGUACAGCAGGAGUAUUCUCUAUGGACGCGUGACAUUGAGGAUGACAUAAUUCCAGUUUGCAGGGAGCUUGGAAUUGGGAUUGUUCCAUAUAGCCCUGUUGGACGUGGGCUUUUUGCUGGAAAAGUAGUUGUUGAAAGCCUGCCCGCCAACAGCUUUUUGGCUACACACCCUAGGUUUACUGGAGAGAACUUUGAAAAGAACAAAUCUAUAUAUUUUCGUAUUGAAGGAAUAGCCAAGAAGCAUGGAUGCUCUCCGGCUCAACUUGCUAUUUCGUGGGUCCUUCAUCAAGGGGGUGAUAUUGUACCUAUUCCUGGUACAACAAAGAUAAAAAAUCUUCAUGAUAACAUAGGUUCUGUGAGAGUGAAGCUCACAGAAGAAGACGUAAAAGAGCUUUCUGAUGCAGUGCCCGUAGGUGAAGUGGCAGGGCAGAGAAUUGGCGAGUUUCUUUAUAAGACAUCAUACAAGUUUUCCAUUACACCACCACCAACCAAAUGAUCAAUGCUGUGCUAUGGCAAGUGCAGGCUUGAGCUUGUUGCUUCUCUUUUUCCAUCUUAAAUCCAUUGCCAUAUGAUUCCUCUCUUUUUGUACUGCUAUAUUUGAAUAAAGGAUCUGUCUGCUUGUCUUUUAUCUCAGUCUAAAGUGGAAAUCAUAUUAGCUACUCCAUAUUUUUUUUAAAUUAGAGUUAUUACUUGUAGAGUAAUCAAACAGUUGUUAGGCCUAAGUCUGGACUUGGUCAGUAAAGCAUCAAUUUGUGGUUU